AUGGGAGACUCCGGUUCAUGUAGGCCUUUGGGGUUUCUGAUUGGGCUGCCCUUUGCUUUCCUUUCUCUUCUCAUUUCUCUUGUUGGUGUUGUCGUUUGGAUUAUUGGGUCUGUGUUGAGUUGCAUGUGCCCUUGUUGCAUAUGUUUUGCUGGUAUUGCAAAUAUGGCAAUUAGCAUCGUCAAGCUUCCUGUAAAAAUAAUCGAAUGGUUUGUUGAUUUAAUUCCUUGCUAA